UCGCUUUCCCAUAAUGCUUGCGCUUAGCCUGAAGCAUUGUGGGAUUGCAACAUUAGGACGGAGUGUAGGGUUGGCUAUCAUGCAAAGAGAAUGAUCACUGUUUAAACCUAAACAAAUCAUUUAGCUAUCAUAUCAUUUAUAUUGCUCUUGAAGAUAUUUUUCAAGGUAAUGUGACUUCUAAACUCUUCUUUCUCUUAUCAACGCUCCAAAAGAGGUUAAACAAGGCGGCCAGGAAGUGACCAGCCUUUCUCACACGCGGAUUCUCGAGUCGGUGGCAAAGACAGAGAAACAUGGCUUUUACAGACCCCACAGGCUCAAGUCACAAGUUUUUAAAGGCUGCAUCGCUACUGUAUCACGACAUUUGUCCGGAGCAGUCACGUUUUCUCAUGGGGAGACACCAGAGAAUGAAAGCUCCAGCCAAGUUCCAGCCCAUCCCUGAAGAAGAGCUCUGUCCCUUCUGUUUCCAGUGGCGUCGCCCAGACAACCACCGCAUGCGGCUGCAUCCCAAGCGGCAUGCAUCGGUGAGGGUGCAGAGCGUGUUGCGGAGGGAGGGCAAGGGCAAGAGGCUCAGCCUGGCUCAGAUGGACAUCUUACGGAGGUUCCGGGGCUCCUCAUCAGCUCUGGUGGUUACAUGCCACACCUGUAACAGCACGUCCAAGCAUAACGGCGUCAACAGGAACUUCAUAGCCACUCUCUCCAAGAGCCACUGCACCCCCUGGAGCGCAGGCAAACACAAGACUCCCCAGUCCACCAACAGAACCAACACCAUGGGCAUCCCAAAGUCUGCCUCCAAACACAAGACUCCCCAGUCCACCAACAGAACCAACGCCUCCAAAGACAAGACGCCCUGCAGUACGCCAAGGUCAACCUCUAAGACCCCCGGUUCCUCCUCGGCCUCAAAGCUCGCAAGUGUGAAGAAGUUUGCCUUCUCCCGCCUCAAGAGGUUCCUCAUGCUGGAGGACAACCAAAAGACCAAGACCAAGGGAGGACUCAAAGACUUCCUCUCCUCCCUCUGAAUGACUGACAAACACUGGGCUCCGUUGCAUGGGCCCAAGAGUCAGCCAUGACACUGAACCAGUCUCUCUCUGGCCUGCUUAGAAUGGUCCUGCUGGAAUUCAGAACAACAAGGCUAUAGGGGGGAGGAGUCGGCUGUCAGUCAAUAAGUGCCACAGCGCCACCUGUUGAGAGAAUUAAAGGGGCAUGUUUUUUUUCUUCACAUGCCACCCCCCAACUGCCCCUGAUGUCCCCCUUCUGUAGAGCUGUCCCAACUGGGAAUGGUCCCACACCACCACAUCACUCAGGAAUUCCACUGUCCCAACUGGGAAUGGUCCCACAUCACCACAUCACUCAGGAAUUCCACUGUCCCAACUGGGAAUGGUCCCACACCACUCAGGAAUUCCACUGUCCCAACUGGAUGGUGGGAUUGGCAUAGGAAGCAAAGCUCACCCUUCUCUUCCAUGGCAUUUAUGAUGAGGCAAGCAAAAUAAAUGGUUUGGAGUUCUAGGAUGUUUUGAUUGAGAGGGUGAUUUUUUAUUUGUUUACAAUCACAGUUCUGAUAAAUAGGACUUAGUUAAUGCUUGACUUUCAUACUACUUUAUUACUUGGUUGUUGUCCUCUGGUUUGUAUUUUUUUCUGGGUUUAUUUUGUGGAACUCCACAAGGCAUGUCUUCUUGAAGCUCUCCCUCUUGUUAGAUCACCAGCCAGGUAGGGCUGAUCAUUUCUUACUAUCUUAUGAUCACGGUGCCAAACACAUGUUUGUUUACUGAUGGUUUUGAGAAUCAUAUUUGGGUGAAUCGGACACAUCAACUGUUUAUAAUGAAAUAGGCGAUAGGCCUGAAACUUGUGACGCGAUUUAACUACAUUUUUUUAUUUUACAAUAGUUCUGUUUCUUGUUAUUGAUGGUUUUCAUUUGAUCUUUUAGUAAGUUCAUAUUCACAAUUACUAUUAGACUGCAUGUUGUAAUGGCUGCUUUGAUCCAACACAAUUUAUAACAAAGAUUUUCUUUGGUUGUAAUUAAUCCAAUGUGUGGGUCUGUAUCAUUGCAUAUAAUCCUGAAUUACCUCACAUGUAUAUUCCUUCUACACUUUGCUUCUCUGAAAUAAACUUUCUCAAUGUAAA